ACUUUGGCAGAACUUAAUGACAUGGUGGAAAGUGCUGCAGUUGUAUUCUCCAGUCCAUGCAGUCGAUCAAGAGUUGAGAAGCAUUUCAGGAACUUGCAGACGCUGAUGCAGAAAACCGGAACUAAGAUGUGACUGCAAAGUCAAAAACUAAUGCUGAGGACUUACAGGAACUUAAAGGCAACAACAACUUCGCAAAACAUUACAAGAGAGUUUACUCCAGUGCUCCACUUGAAAAAGAUGGUCUCCCCAAUGUUUACUACUGCAAAGGCCUUAUUGAUCAAAUCACCACAUAUCUUCUUCCAUAUGCUGGAUUAUGGAGUGGGAUAAUGCUAGGUGAUCUUGGACGACAUGGCAAAGGACAACAAUGCAAGGAUUAUACCAAGAGAUAUGAUGUCCUGAGAAAACUUUCAAGACAAAAUAUAACAGGACAACUGGACUCAGGGCAUCAUGGAGAAGAGCCAAUGGGACUUGAAGCAUAUUCGUUUUGGCUCAAGCAGACUCACAAGACUUGAUGGUUGUGUGGCCAGAUAUCAGUUACUUCACACAGCUCAACUGGAAGAAUUUGAAGACUCCAAGCGAGUUUUUCAAAGAAAGUCAUGUCACAUCCGGGGAUGACGUCGGCUGAUUCCUCCACUGCGGAACUCCCUCCGGUCCCCACGGAUUCGCCAAGGUCGGCUAUGGAUCCGGUGGUGCGGAGAAGGAGGGAGAGGAGCAGCGGAGGAGCGUCCACGCCGGUGCAGCCGGCAUCCAGUCCGGUGCGGCCGGCAUCCAGUCCGGUGCGGCUGGCAUCCAGUCCGGUGCGGCCGGCGUCCAGUCCGGUGGUGCGGCCGGCGUCCAGUCCGGUGGUGCGGCCGGCGUCCAGUCCGGUGGUGUGGCCGGCGUCCAGUCCGGUGGUGCUGCUGAUGUCCUGUCCAGUGUCCAGUCCUGUGCAGCCGGCGUCCAGCCCGGUGCAGCCGGCGUCCAGUCCUGUGUCCAGUCCUGUGUCCAGUCUUUUGUCCAGUCUUUUGUCCAGUCAUGUGUCCAGGCCGGUGAUCCAGCCGGCGUCCAGUCCGGUGAUCCAGCCGGCGUCCAGUCCGGUGAUCCAGCCGGCGUCCAGUCCGGUGGUCCAGCCGGCGUCCAGUCCGGUGGUCCAGCCGGCGUCCAGUCCGGUGAUCCAGCCGGCGUCCAGUCCGGUGCAGCCAACGUCCAGCCGGCGUCCAGUCCGGUGAUCCAGCCGGCGUCCAUUCCGGUAUCCAGCCCGGUAUCCAAAUUGUAUUGUUGUACAAAUAUAAAAUAUCUGUAUUUAAUGCUCUUCACCUGUUUAAAAACAGGCAGCGCCCUGUAAAUAGCAAUAAAUAGCAAUAUGCAAAGUAUUGAAAAAGCAGUAGAAGUGAAAAUAGCAGUAUUUCUUAGCGAUUUGCUAUU